GGCAGCGGCGGAGGGGUUUCCUCGGAGCCGCGGUGUCAUUUCUUGGCGGCGAAAGAGGCGUCCAGCGCUGCUCGGCAUCAAGGAGGAGGAAGAGGAGGAGGAGGAGGCCCCCGCUCCCGAGGUGAAGGAUAUGUCAAAUGUCAUCUCCCCAUCUUCAUUACUUCUGUUUCUCAGAUGCCAUAGUUCAGUAAGAGUUUCAGGACAUUGGAAAUAACAAAUCUGACUGUCGGCAUAGGAUCAUAAUACCAUCAUCUUUACCACAUGAGUCUUGCUUGCUUAUGGUAACACGAAGGAGAGUGGAGGUUCAGAAGUACAGUGAUGAAACAGAACAGAGGAUAUAAACCGUGGCUAAAACAGCCCCCUCCCAAAGGGCACUUCAAGUAUGCUCUUGCUGUAUCUCUUCAAAAUUGAACACCAAAGGCAAUGAAACUAACAUUUUGAUCAUGAUUCUUUCAUGACAGCGGAGAGCACUUCAUCAAGCAGCAGUAGUGUGAAUCUAUUGCUCCAGGAGGAAAAAAAAACUACUUGAAAGAGCAGCUGAACAGUCUCUUAUAUGUGAUCAAAUAAGAAAAACAAAACAAGUACUGUCGCCACAGCAGGAAUGUACCAGGGAAAUGAUUGGAAGAAUUCAGCAGUGAGGAAAAAAACAGAAUCAUCAGAUGAGUUGCUUUCUCAAGCUGUGUCAUUGGACCUGAUAUCUUGUUUUCUUGCUUCUAUGGAGUACUGGUCUUGACUGUUUUUUUGCGUUCAGACAAUAUCAUGACAACUAGCAGCCGCACAUGUCCAGUACCAACAGUCAAUGGACGUAUGACUCACUAUCCAACACCACCAUACCCAUUACUUUUUCCUCCUGUCAUUGGUGGACUUUCUCUUUCAACUCUUCAUGGCAUUCAAGGAAAUCCAACAACAAAUGGAUACAGCACGCCAUCUCCAGCAACAAUUGAAACUCAGAGCACCAGUUCUGAGGAGCUUGUUCCCAGCCCACCUUCCCCGCUUCCUCCCCCUCGCGUUUACAAGCCCUGUUUUGUUUGUCAGGACAAAUCUUCCGGAUACCACUAUGGCGUCAGUGCUUGUGAGGGAUGUAAGGGUUUUUUCCGCAGAAGCAUUCAGAAGAACAUGGUUUAUACAUGUCACCGGGAUAAGAAUUGUGUUAUUAAUAAAGUCACUAGGAAUCGCUGCCAGUACUGCAGACUACAGAAGUGCUUUGAAGUGGGAAUGUCCAAAGAAUAUGGGGAGAGAUGGAGCAGACAAGCUGGCUUUGUGAAGCAGAAGAAUAGCUUGGUUUGGGAACAAUGGAAGAGGAAGAAUGGCGAAGAAAAAAGAGCUGUCAGAAAUGACAGGAACAAGAAAAAGAAGGAGCCUUUAAAACAGGAGUUUAUGGAGAACUAUGAAAUGACAGCAGAGUUGGAUGAUCUCACAGAAAAAAUAAGGAAAUCUCAUCAGGAAACGUUCCCAUCACUCUGUCAGCUAGGCAAAUACACUACGAACUCUAGUGCAGACCAUAGAGUGCGACUGGACCUUGGGCUUUGGGACAAAUUCAGUGAACUUGCAACAAAGUGCAUUAUUAAAAUAGUGGAAUUUGCAAAACGGCUGCCUGGUUUUACAAGUUUGACAAUUGCAGACCAGAUCACUCUACUUAAAGCUGCCUGUUUGGACAUCUUGAUCCUUAGAAUUUGCACAAGAUAUACCCCUGAACAAGACACAAUGACGUUUUCUGACGGCCUUACACUCAACCGAACUCAGAUGCAUAACGCUGGAUUUGGUCCCCUGACUGAUCUUGUGUUCACAUUUGCCAAUCAGCUCCUACCCUUGGAAAUGGAUGACACAGAAACUGGCCUUCUUAGUGCCAUCUGCUUAAUCUGUGGAGACCGUCAGGAUCUUGAAGAACCAGCAAAAGUGGAUGAACUACAGGAGCCACUGCUGGAGGCACUGAAAAUAUACAUCAGAAAGAGAAGACCCAACAAACCUCAUAUGUUUCCAAAGAUCUUAAUGAAAAUCACAGAUCUACGCAGUAUCAGCGCCAAAGGUGCUGAACGUGUCAUUACUCUGAAAUUGGAAAUCCCUGGAUCCAUGCCACCUCUUAUCCAGGAAAUGUUGGAGAACUCUGAAGGGCAUGAGCCCUUGACCCCAAGCUCAACUGGGACAACGGCAGACCACAGCCCCAGCAUCUCCCCAAGCUCAGUGGAUAAUACCAGUCAUGCCAGUCAGUCCCCACUGGUGCAAUAAGACAGACUCCAGUGUGACAUUCCCAACUUGCUCUGGACAGGGACGACAGGCAAGAAUUGUUGUUAGUGCUGCUUGCUUUUUGGACUUAACACAGCCAUUAAAAUGCAACAAGGACCAAGAACUUUCCAUAUGUAUCUGUGAUAGGUAUAUUAUACACACAUGCAAAUGCCUUGCAGCUUAAGUAGAAAUCACAAACUGUCGAAACACUAAACCAGCUAUUUCAUGAAACAAAAAACUAGCUAAGCUUCAGGGUUUUUUUUUAACUUCUGAACAUCCUCCCCCAACUGCAAGGUGACAAGACCGAUCUCAAACAAGUGAUUAAAAAAUAGUGGCUGUUCUUCUCUAAUGACUUGUACAUACAAAUAUAUGGGCCUGUACUUUCUAUACUGGAUGUUCGGUGCUUUCCCACUCUUUUUUUUUUUUUGGCAUACAUUAAAACAACCCAGGCAUCUCGUUUAUGAAAUGGACAGCUUAUAAAGUUCUAAGGAUGUUCUGAUUUAGUUAGGAUGAAAUCUCGUUGCUGCUCUUUUUUUUAAAUUGGCCUCGGUUUGUAUUUCCUUCUUUUCCAGCAAAAAGAUACAAAGAAAUUUGUUGCACUAGCAGAAGAAGCUUCUGUGUAAGUGUAACUGCCAGAUCAGUUAUUUGGAUGUAAUUUGUCCCACUGUUAAUGUCACUUUAAGAGUUACAAAAGGGGUUUACUACUUGGUUGACCUUUCUGCAUUUAAAAAUACUAAAAAAGAUUUUACUUCGGUUUUAGCCUUCAAGGCAGAAACACUUUCCAGUGUUACAAUGUACUAUUUUGUUUAUUGGUUCACAAGCUAUUGGGGGGAAAAAACCUUCAUGGGAUCAUGAUGAUCGGGCAUAAUCACUACCUCUGAGUUGGUGACACUAGUGAAAAGCGACUCUGGAGAGACGACCCUUUCUCCGGCCCACAAUCCUCCUCUCCACUCCGACACUGGAAGGAGACCCAAAAGCAGAGGAGGGCACCUGCCUCAAUGACUUUGUUAAUUAAUCACCAUACAACAGAGUGGAAAAUGUGGUAGAGUGGUUACCGUUUUUUAAAAGUGUCCGUUUCUUAGGUUUCAUUUAAAAGCACUAGUGGAUUUUUUUUAUAUAUAUAUUCUAGCAAGUCUGUGAUGUACUUUCACUGGCUCUGUUUGUACAUUGAGAUUGUUUAACAAUGCUUUCUAUGUUCAUAUACUGUUUACCUUUUUCCAUGGAAAUCUCCUGGCAAAGAAUUAAAAAAUAUAUUUAUUUUAA